AUGAUGAAAAUCUUCGGAAAAGUUUUGGAUGCCAAUUUGAAUAACGGAAUACAAAAACCCAAUGCUGCUUGUGUUGAAGAAUGUUAUCAGCAGAGCGACUGCAUUUUGGUAUUCAUGAAUUCCGCUGAACAAUGUCUCUCAUUUGGCAUCAAUAUUUCCCAAAAAUUGACUGUAGUUGAAACAACAAAGGAAGAUAAACUGUUUGUUGCAUUUAAAACGCAGUUCUCACUGAGCCAAUGUCCAGCGUAUAAAGCAAUGGAUCUUACUGUCACGGUCGGCACUGAAACAGUACCUUGGAUAAAAAAUGGAAGUGAAUACACAUUCAAAAGAUGUCUCGAAGACUGGAAGAUGUUUGAAAGAAAGAAUAAUGUGGUGGUUUGUAUGCAAACGUUUGUAAUCAACGUAACACGCUUCGAAGCUGCGAAACAAGAGUGUGAAGGAAAGGGACCUUACAAACUAACUGGAUUGCAGACAGUCGAGGAGUUGAAUUGGGUUUACGGUUUCUGGAUAGGUGCAAAACGACAGGAAGCGUACAGUGGCCAAGAAAUCACAGAAUUCGACUUUUUUGACGGUUAUACUGUUUUGGAUAAGGAGUUCUAUACAACAAAUUGUCUUUGUGGAGGGAAGAAAGCAUCAAAUGCUAUGACAGAAGACUGUAUGAUUGUUUGCAAAACCUUUGACGGCCAUUUGAGAAUGAACGACGACAGUUGCGAGUCGACUAUAAAUGGAUUAGGAGUUGUUUGUGGAUAUCGACUUCUAUAA